AACAAAACUUUUGAAAUGUCCCCAGUGCGUGAAAGCGAAACUCCUGAAGAUAAGGUGGUCGAAAUCCUGUCUAGGUUGCCGCCCAAGUCUCUGAUGCGAUUCAAAUGCACACGCAAGUCUUGGUGCACUCUCAUCAAUAGUUCAAGCUUUGUUGCCAAACACCUUAGCAAUUCCGUAGACAACAAACUCUCAUCCUCCACCUGUAUCCUUCUCAACCGUUCUCAGAUGCCGGUUUUCCCAGACAAAAGUUGGAAAUAUGAAAUUUUAUGGUCCAUGAUUUAUCUUUCCAUUUAUAGUGAUGAGCACAACCAUCAUUAUGAUGUUGAGGACCUAAACAUACCGUUUCCAUUAGAAGAUCAUCAUCCUGUACAGAUUCACGGUUAUUGCAAUGGGAUUGUCUGUGUAAUAGCAGGGAAAACUGUUAUUAUUUUAUGCAAUCCUGGAACCGGGGAAUUCAGGCAACUUCCCGAUUCAUGCCUUCUUGUACCCCUUCCCAAGGAAAAAUUCCAAUUGGAGACGAUUUUUGGAGGAUUGGGAUUUGGUUAUGAUUGCAAAGCUAAAGAAUACAAGGUUGUGCAAAUUAUAGAAAAUUGUGAGUAUUCAGAUGAUGAGCGAACAUUUUAUCAUAGUAUUCCUCUUCCUCACACGGCUGAGGUAUACACCAUAGCUGCUAACUCUUGGAAGGAGAUUAAGAUUGAUAUAUCAACUAAAACCUAUCCUAGUUCUUGUUCAGUGUACUUGAAGGGAUUUUGUUAUUGGUUUGCAAGCGAUGGCGAGGAAUACAUACUUUCAUUUGAUUUAGGUGAUGAGAUAUUUCAUAGAAUACAAUUGCCUUCUAGGAGAGAAUCCAGUUUUAAGUUUUAUGAUCUUUUUCUGUAUAAUGAAUCCAUCACUUCUUAUUGCUCUCAUUAUGAUCCAAGUGAGGAUUCUAAAUUAUUUGAAAUAUGGGUAAUGGACGAUUAUGAUGGAAUUAAGAGUUCAUGGACAAAACUCCUAACAGUUGGACCCUUUAAAGGCAUUGAGUAUCCAUUGACACUUUGGAAAUGUGACGAGCUUCUUAUGCUUGCCUCCGAUGGAAGAGCCAUCUCUUAUAAUUCUAGUAUAGGAAAUCUCAAGUAUCUUCAUAUUCCUCCUAUUAUCAAUGAGGUUAUUGAUUUCGAAGCUCUUAGUUAUGUGGAAAGUAUUGUUCCGAUCAAGUGAGUUGAGGGCAAAGUUUCAUUUUUCUCCUUUUAAUUUAAUUUGCUUUGUGGUCUUUGUAGUAUGUUUGCUUAUCAAGGGCUACCAUUAGUUUUUGUGAUUUCCACGCUUGUAAUGUUUUUGAAACCUUUAAUUUUUGUGAUUUCCACAUUUUGUAAUUUUGAAAGUGUACCAUAACUAUCUUUUUGGAGUUAAUUAAUAAUUUAUCAAUACCCUUUUUUUUUGUUUUUUGUUUUUGUUUUGUUUUUGUUUUUUUUUUGGAAAUUCCCUUCUUAAAAACCUUAUAAGUUUUUACUCAUUUAAUAUAAUCAAGUUAACCCUUCUACCGUAGGCAGAACUGCUCUCUUAAAGUGUUUAUUUUGAGGACAUGAUAUCCUUUUUCAUAUGAGCCCUAGAUUAAUCUAAUGGUGACCUUAAUGUUGACAAGCAAGAUCUGUUGAAAAGUUUUCAAUUCAAAUCAAUUAAAAGGAGUUUUCAGUACCCGGUCGAUACAUUUUUGAAGGGGCGUCUCAUUGUCAAGUGUAAGAAUGUCCAGUGUCCAUGGUGGAUUUUCGGAUACUAAAAAUGUAGUGAGGAGUUUAGGAUUGCCAAAUGUGAAGUCUCCCACAAUGUGAUUUGGCUUUGUUGAAGGACCAUCACCCACAAGUCAACAUGCGGCUUACUGG